AUGAGCAAACAAUUAUCAAUUGGUAAUGAAUUGAAAGAUUCCUACAAAGAUACACGCAAGUGGGUUCAAAACAACUUGAAAUGGCUGAGGGACAUUGAACAAUUUUAUAGAGAAAGGGCUAAGCUUGAACAUGAGUACAGUGAGAAAUUGAGUGGUUUAACUAAAGAUUAUUUCAACAAGAAGAGUGCCUCCUCUGUGGCUCUAAGCGUUGGUGAUAAUCCUGCAAUGACACCAGGAUCGGCAGAGACAGCAUCCGUGGUUACGUGGAAUGAAGUCCUUACGCAGACAGAAGAUAUAUCCAAAGAACAUUGGAGGUUAUCGAGAGACUUUGAAGCUCAAGUAGCCUCUCAAUUGGCCAAAAUUCACUCUAAGAUGGAUACAACUUUGAGUCAAAUCAACAACUUUUACAGUGAAAUGGUAGACAAACGUGAUAAUGCCUAUCAAGAAGUGCAUAAGGCCAAGAAGAAGUACGAUGAAGCAUGUACAUCAAUGGAAAGUGCUAGAAAUAAAAACACCAAAUCACCAGGUGAACGUAAUAGACAGAAGAUGGAAGAGAGGAAGGCUGAAAUGAACGUCGCUAAAAAUGAAUAUUUGAUUAGAAUCAACCAAGCGAAUAGAAUUAAGGACAAAUUUUACUUCCAAGAUACACCAGAAGUACUGGAUCUAUUACAGGAUCUCAAUGAAUGUCGUGUAUUAUUCUUGAACGACAUAUGGAAAACCGCUGGCUCCGUGGAGAAGGCAACUUUGGAGAGAAUUUCCCAAAAGCUAGAUACCGCCAAUACUGUAGUUGAAGAAAAUAAACCAUCAUUAGGGACCGCUAUGUUCAUCAAACAUAAUGCAAGGAAUUGGAAUGAACCUAAAGAUUUCCUUUUUCAACCAUCACCUAUUUGGCAAGAUGAUGAGAAUUUUGUCAUUUCAGCAGAACCUGAAAUAUCUGAUUUAAAAAUUAAAUUAGCACAAGCUGAACAAGAGUAUAACAAAUUUCAUGAUAUGACAGAAGCAGAGAUGUCACGUUUAUCGUCGUUGAAUGAAAAGAGAGCCAAAGUUAAAUCUAAGGAGGCAGAUUUGGAAGGUGGGAUUUAUUACGAUGUAGUGAAAGCAUAUUUAGGGACUGUUAUGCCAUUUACAGGACAUGAAACUUUAAAGUUACGGGCAGAAGUCCAAAUUGAAAGUAUACAAAAUAACGUUCCAUCGGGCCUCGAUCUUAACACUGAUGACAUUGAUCUUUCCAAGUUAAAGAAAAAAUCUGGUCUUUUUAGCAAGUUAAGGAAUAAGACUCACAUGAUGGGUGGACCGUCACACUCACCAUCACAUUUAAUGCCCAUCAGAAAUCGUUCACGUAAAUUAUUUGGAAGUGGCGGCAGUAACCCAGAUGACGACAACGGCAGUAGCACCAGCAGCGGUCAUUUAAAUCCAAGGGCUCGCACUACAAGUAUUAUAAGUAAUUCAAGUUCUGCUCGCUUAUCAAGAACAUCUAGCGCGGUAAGCACAGAGAAUGAUGCAGGCUCUACUUACACCACAGAUACUUUUUCCACGAGGGGCUCCACAUCUUCUAACACCAAUGGUGGUAAUCGUGUAGUAUACGCAUUCCGGGGUCGUGAUAAUGAUGAAGUUUCAGUAAACCCUGGUGAUUCUAUUAAAGUAUUAGCUCCUGAUACUGGAUCUGGCUGGACCAAGCUCAGAAACAAUACGACAGGCGAUCAGGGCCUGGCACCAACUUCAUACCUAGAGAUUAACGAAAAACCUAUAAAUUCUCAUGCCGAGAGAGGUGUGCCCCCAAGUGUACCUCCGCCAAGAGGUUCCAAAAAACCAUCUCUUACCUUAACGGUACAGUACGACUACGAUGCACAGGAGGAAAAUGAGAUGACGGUUGAAGUAGGGGAUGUCGUUAACGUCUUGAAGGAAGAUGAUGGAUCAGGGUGGACUUUAGCAGAACUCGAUGGUGAUAGUGGAUUGAUUCCAACAAACUAUUGCAAAUGA